UAUCCACCAUAGUUUCACUCAAAAAAUAAAAAGAAAAAAAAAAAGCCUAUCUGAAUAUACCAAAAAUUUCAUCAAUAAUGUCAAGCACAUUGGGUAGAGCAAUAGAUGGUUCUAAAUUAAAACGGGGAUGUAUUCUCAAACCUAUGAGCAUGGGCUGAACGUCCCUAUCGCUUUCGAGUUAAUUUGGGCCUAAUUUGGGCUUCAGACAGGAAUGGGUGAUAGUAGUUCUUUGGCGGACUCGCAAAAGAAGAGGCUCCCGGGAGGAGUAUUUGCCAAAAAUAUGAAUCAAACAGAAGUCUCGAUGGGAAUAGAGUGAAAGCGGAGGCGGAAGAUCAAUGUACUUUUGGGUCCGUUAUGGUGCUCGGGAAUGCCUUAGCUAUCAUCUAAGCUCGACGUUGUCAGUGCGAGAAUGUUGAGGUGCCGUCUCUAUCCAUGCGAAGACAAGUGGCUCAAAGCCUUCAACGAGCAACAAGCAUUGAGAAACCUUAAGAAGAAAGUAUCGGAAGUAGAUAAACCCUCAACCAAUUAUCUCUCCAUUCUCAACGACUCAUUCAGCAGCUGUGGCACUGACCCGACCCCCUCUGCUUACUCCUUUAUCAUUAAAUAUCUCUCUCAUCGGCGCUUCUUCUCUCAUCUCCAUGUCCUUCUUGACCAUCUUGAAAAAGUUGAGAGAUUCGAAGUUCCCGAAAGAAUAUUUGUCAGUCUAAUUCAACAUUAUGGAAAGCUCGGUUUGCUUCAAGAUGCCAUUGAUGUUUUCUACCGGAUCCCAAAGUUUCGAUGCACCCCUUCAGUGUUUUCACUAAAUCGUUUGCUCUCUGUUCUAUGUGAGAAAGAGGAAGGGCUCAUUUUGGUUCGAGAUGUUUUGAUGAACACUCUAGAGAUGAGGAUCCGGCUUGAACCCUCAACUUUUCGUAUUCUAAUUGGAGCUCUCUGUAGGAAUGGAAAGGUUAGCUCUGCAGUGGAGCUAUUAAAUUUGAUGCAGCUUGAUGAACGCACCCCAAAUUCAAGAAUGUAUUCUCAAGUGCUUAAAUCACUUUGUGAACAUGGAAAAAUUAACGAGGUCAUGGAUUUUUUAGAAGUAAUGCAAAAUGCUGGUUUUGUGCCUGAUAUAUCAGACUUUAACAGUGUGAUCGAUGUUCUUGUUAGAGAAGGGAGAGGAGAUCAUGCAUAUUCAAUUCUGACCAAGAUGAAGUUAGCGGGUAAGAGGCCAGACAUAACGAGCUAUAACAGUGUUCUCAAUGGAUUUGUUUUAGCAAAUGAUUUUCUCAAGGUUGAAGAGCUGUUUGAUGAAAUUCUUCUCAUGGGUCUUGUUCCUAACGUUUCAACUUAUGAUACCUACAUAGCUAGUCUUUGUACGCGAGGAUAUUUCGAUAGAGCUUGUAGGAUGGUUGGUUGUAUGGAGAAAGCAGGAUGCAAGCCUGAAGCCACAACCUUUAAUGUACUAGUGUCUGGAUAUGCUAAAGCUGGUAAGAUAGAGAAAGCAAGGGCAGUGAUGAAUGAAAUGCUUCAGAAGGGGUUCUCUUGGAACGCCCAAACUUAUGAGAGUAUAAUCGAUGGGUUGAUUAGAAAAUGUGAGAUCGUGGAAGCAUAUGAAUUGUUGAUGGAAAUGUUGGGUAAAAAUUUUGCUCCUCAGGCGUCUACUUUUAAGUUGGUCGCUUGCAAUUUGUGCAGAAAAGAUCGUCUUUCUGAAGCAUUGCGGGUGCUGAAUGAGAUGCUUGAUCGAUCUAUUUUCCCUGAUGCUACACUAUGGGAAGCAUUGCUUGUUGGAUACAGAUCGAACCAGCUGAGAACUCCGGUUGAUUUUAAUAUUAUAUUGGGGUCUUGAUAAUGAAAAGAUUGCCACUUCCAGUGUGGCUUCAUGUGCUUUAUUUGUUGAAAAUGCAGAAUAAAACUCUGUGAUGUAUGUAUGCGAGUGAUCAGCAGUGCUUGGACAUGAUUGCUGUUGUUGGAUAACAUGAGAGUUGAAGAUCAAAAGCAUGAAGAUGUUGAAGAAUAUGCUUAUGGGGGUUUGGACAGUGCUGUUAUCUUCAAUGUCAGUUUGUUUCUCAGAAUUGGUUGUUGAUGAUUUGAACCAUCAGUUUUUGAGAUCAUCUUAGCAUCAAUCUGUUAAUUCUAGGGAGUCCCCAGUUAUUUACGGAUAUUUCAUGUUCCUCACAUUUGAUAAGAAGCAAAUCAGUGUGAAAAGCCAUAAGUCAAUGUAUGCAGAGAAGGGAAUCAAUUGUAUGGAGUACGUUCAAGGCCUUUGAUCUUCAAAUGGUGGAAGCUAGUGGCUUCUUUGUGUUGCGUUUAGUCAAAGAAAAAGAAAAAGAAAAUGUAGGUGAUCAUUAAUCUCUCUUGUUGUCCUCCAGAGAACAGUGGUUUAAGUUGUUCUGAAAGUAAAAUCUCUCGUUGUUGUAGAAUUAAAAUAUAGUAUCUGACUAAUUGUACGCUUUUUUGUUGAUGAAAUGAAAUCCCAUGCUUGUCGUGA